AUGGUCGUCAAAAUCCGUCUCGCCCGAUUUGGGCGCCGAAAUUCUCCUUUCUAUAACAUUGUCGUAGCUCAUGCUCGCACUGCGCGCAACUCUCGUCCUCUCGAGGUCAUUGGCACAUACGACCCUAUUCCGAAGCCCGACCCCUAUGACAACUCUGGCAAGCUACACAAGGACAUUAAGCUCGACUCGCAGCGCGCAAAGUACUGGAUUGGUGUUGGCGCUCAGCCCACAGAUACGGCAUGGCGGUUACUGUCUAUGGUGGGAAUCCUGCCAAAGAAACACUUUGCUCCAAAGGAGAGCGAGACCAAGGGCAGCGUUAAUGCUGGCGAUGUGAAGAUUCGGUAA